UGGACAUAAACCAACAGAUAUGUUAAGAAUGAUAUCCUCGAAACUUUUACUGCUUAUCGUAGGAGCUUGGGCAGCAGUAAAUGGUAGCCUUGUUGACGACCUGGGAGAUUGCCCGCCCCCUUUGCCGCGGACACAAUACGUGAAGUCGUAUAAUGAUGUUUGUCUCUACCUCAUCACUGGAAAAUAUUCCUGGAACGGUGCCAACUCCAACUGCCACCGCAAUGGAGGUCGUCUGGUGCAGAUUAAGGACCAAGACAAACAGGACUUCCUCUACAACACACUGAAGUCCAUGCACUGGGGAGACUGGGGUGUGUGGAUAGGGGCAACUGACCAUGACAGUGAGGGUAGAUGGAAGUGGACAGAUGGUACCAAACUGUCCUACGGUAACUGGCAUCCAGGUGAGGGACCGACUCACGGCUUCCUCUUCUCUAAGGCAGGGUACGAGGACUGUGCCUUACUACGACUAAAUGACAAUGGCAGAUGGCACGACUAUGAUUGUGGGACUAUUCUGUAUCAUCACACAUCUAUAUGUGAAUAUCAAAAAGUGUAUCGUCCCACAAUACCUACCACUACAACCACAAGUAUGUCGACUACAACAACAAUGCCCACAAAGACAUCAACCAUUGAGCCUCCAAGAACACCUAUGCCUUCAACAACGACGACGACAAUAAAUGCGCCUACAACAACAACGAUGCCUACAACAGAAAUGCCUACCACAACAACAACAACAACCAUGCCAACCACAACAACUAUGCCUACUACUACAACCAUGGAAACCACAACAACAACCAUGCCUACCACAACAACAACCAUGCCUACCACGACAACAACCAUGCCUACCACAACAACAACCAUGCCUACUACUACAACCAUGCCGACCACAACAACAACCAUGCCUACUACUACAACCAUGCCUACCACAACAACAACCAUGCCUACCACGACAACAACCAUCCCUACCACAACAACACCCAUGCCUACUACUACAACCAUGCCGACCACAACAACAACCAUGCCUACUACUACAACCAUGCCGACCACAACAACAACUGUGCCUACCACAACAAUGCCGACAACGACGACAACUCAAAUGAAGACAACAGAAACGCCUGCUGUUACAACCACAUUUGGUGGCAUCAAAAUAGAAUUCGGCACUACGCCUCAUGCUAAGAAAAGGACGUCAGGAGUAGACAUAAUAGACGAGGCGCUAAUGAGUCAAAACGACGAUAGUAGCGAUGGUAGUACAGGAACCUACAUUGCCAUCGGAGCCGGCAGCUGUGGAGUUGUAAUUCUAGUGGCGGCCAUCUUAGCACUGGUACUGAGACGACGCAAUCGUCAGUCGAUUGCAGAAACCUAUGACCAGACAACCAAUACCAAGGACAAUCCAUUGUACGACAUAAUGCAUGGAAAUGGACUUGUCCCUGAAAAUAGCUUCGCAUAAGAGAUGCGCAAUCAGAACUAGAAUAUUCCAAUUGACUGAUGUGAUGUGCAAUAAGUGACAUUCAAAAGAAUCGAACUCAGCAUCUAUAUGCUAUUAAAUAGUGUGCCCAUUGUUAUAUGGUGAGGACUAAACGAUAAAGUUAAUCAUAUGAAAUGUCUACGUCUUCUAUCGUACCAUCUUUAUCUCCGAUAUUAUCAUCAAUUGUUAUCAAUGUACUAGCUGGUUUACAGCACAUAAACUUUAAGCUUGUUGACAAACACGUUAUGAUCUUAUCGUCAUAUCGUUUUCUGUAUCAUCUAUCAAUACACGAGAGUUAGAGAGAACGACCUAAUGGAAGGAUUUAAUUGUUAUAUACAAAACAGUUAUAUUAUAUUUCAUCACUGAUUUUACGUUAUUAUUCAAUGAGAGAGAAUGGCCGAGUGGAAGGGUGUGUUAUGUACAAGACAUUUUAUAUUAUAUUUCACCACUAAUUUAACGUUAUUAUUCAGAGAGUAUACAAGACAUUUAUAUUAUAUUUCACCAAUUAUUUAACGUUUUUAUUCAAAGAGGGAAUGGGUGGGUGUAAGGGUGUGUUAUAUACAAGACAUUUAUAUUAUAUUUCACCGCUGAUUAUGCGUUAUUAUUCAGACAAUGUUUCCUGUGAUAUUCGUUGCAUACUGUACAUACUUUUAAUUGGACACAUGUAUUACUCGUUUUCAACAGAAAAUAAAUAUGUAUUUUGAUAUA